UCCUCUGUAAUGCGCUCAUGCCAUGUCCUUUCCCUUCCGAGAAAAGCCACAUCUCCCUCUUCACCUCCGCCUUCCACUUCACGCCUUCAGACAUCCACAGGCUGAUCUCCAAUAUGUCUUCUCCUCUCCCUCGCGCUCCGCCGCCACCCACCUCCCUCACUUCGACACGAUUUGCAUUAAACUCUCUGUUGGACGCCUGCAGGACCAUGAAAGAAUUCAAGCAUAUCCACUCCCUCAUGAUCCGCAGCGGACUCGCCCGCUCCCCGCUCGUGAAGAGGCGGCUGCUCUCCUGCUGCUGCGCCUCUGGCUUCGGCGACAUGUCCUACGCCCGCCUCCUGCUCGACUUGAUCCCCACUCCCGAAACCUCCCACUGGAACUGCCUGAUAAGAGGCCACUCCGUCCGCGGCGAGCCGUGGGCCGCGGUGGCGGUCUACGCGGAGAUGCUCGCGAGCGGCGUCGGGCCGAACAGCCACACCUUCCCUUUCCUGCUCAAGGGCUUCACUCGCGACGACGCCGUCGCGUACGGGGACGAGCUCCACGCGCACGUGCUCAAGUUCGGACUCUCCUCCAACGCGCACGUGCGCAGUGCAUUGCUUCGUAUGUAUGCCGUCAGCGGCGCGGUCGAUACCGCAAGGGAGCUGUUCGAGAAGAGUCCCGAGAGAGAUGUCGUCUCGUGGAACGCGAUGAUUUCUGGUUAUAACAGGAGCAACAUGUUCGAGGAAUCGUGUGGGCUGUUCACCGCCAUGGCCGGGGAGAGCGUCAUGCCCACCGCCACCACUUACGUCUUGGUGCUGUCGGCUUGUGCGAAAAUGAAAGGUUUAGAGUGUGGGAGGCAAAUCCAUGGGCGUCUCAUGAAUGGCAAUCUGCUGCCUGAUUUGAGACUCGAGAACGCAUUGAUCGAAAUGUACGGCCAGUGCGGCGAUUUGGACUCUGCUUGGAGAUUGUUCCAAGACAUGCAAACUAGAGAUGUGAUAUCAUGGACGGCGGUGGUCGUUGGAUUUGCAAAGUCCGGGGAGAUCGAUCGAGCCAGAGCGCUGUUUGAUCGAAUGCCUGAAAGGGAUCGAAUAUCAUGGACUGCCAUGAUUGAUGGCUACGUGCGUGCAGGCCGCUUCAAAGAGGCUUUGCACGUAUUCCGCGAGAUGCAAGCUGCCGCUGUUUGGCCCGAUGAGUUCACCAUGGUCAGCUUGCUCACUGCCUGUGCACAGUUAGGAGCCCUUGAGAUAGGAGAAUGGGCAAGGGCUUACAUGGAGCGCAACGGGAUCAAGAUGGACAUCGCCGUGGGCAAUGCCCUUAUAGACAUGUACUCGAAGUGUGGUCAAGUGGACAACGCGGUCGAGAUCUUCCGCAGGAUGCACAGGAAGGACAAGUUCACAUGGACCGCCAUGAUCUCCGGCUUGGCCGUGAAUGGGCAUGGAGAGGACGCCAUUGAUCUGUUCUCCCAAAUGGUCGAAACCUCUGUAAGACCAGAUGAGGUGACCUACAUUGGCGUUCUUACGGCCUGCGGACAUGCUGGAUUGGUCGACGAGGGAAGAAAGAUCUUCUCAAGCAUGAUCGCGGUUCACGGGAUUAUGCCCAACGUGACACACUACGGGUGCUUGGUCGAUCUCCUCGGUCGAGCUGGGCGACUAGAAGAGGCAUUGGAGACCAUAAACAACAUGCCCAUGAAACCAAAUUCUGCAGUGUGGGGGGCUCUUCUUGGAGCUUGCAGAGUUCACGGGAAUCUGGAAAUGGCAGAGUUGGCUGCUAAGCAUCUCGUCGAGUUGCAGCCUCAUGAUAGCGCUGCUUAUCUGCUCCUGUGCAGCUUGUAUGCCAACCGCAACAAAUUGGAGGAAGCACACAAGAUGAGAGAGAUGAUAAUGGUGAAGGGGAUCAAGAAAGAACCUGGCUGCAGUUUGGUAGAGAUGAACGGAGAAGUCCAUGAGUUUGUGGCUGGGGACAGGUCUCAUCCCAGGACUGGUGAAAUCUAUACCAAGCUUGAAGAAAUGAUCAAGGAGCUGAAGCGAGCUGGCUAUGUGCCUGACACUUCAGAGAUCCUUCACGGUGCGGGGGAGGAAGAGGCAGCAAAUGCUGCCAUUUACCAGCACAGUGAGAAGCUGGCGGUUGCUUUUGGAUUGAUCAGUUCAAGAUAUGGUGUCGCAAUAAGGGUAGUGAAGAACCUGAGAAUUUGCAUCGAUUGUCACAAUGCAAUGAAGUUUGCCUCUAAGAUUUACCGAAGAGAAAUUGUUGUCAGGGAUAGAAGGCGUUUCCACCACUUCAGAAGUGGUUCAUGUUCUUGUAAGGAUUAUUGGUGAUGGAUUCAGCUAAAAGCAUGGGCUCUUCCUUGGAUUUA